GCAAUCUUCACGCGACAGGGCUGAGUGUCUCGAUCAGUGGUGUAUAAAAACUGGGCCCGCAUCUUGCUGUCAAACCCUUCUGUGCGGCUCGGCUUGGACAGUAGGAGGGUCAAAGGAAGCUUGACAGUCUUCUAAGCGUCCAACUCCGUUGCUCAAACAGAAGGCAGAAAAAUGGCGGACCAAUUGUCACAAAUGGAAUGCAGCAUAGAAACCAUCAUCAACAUCUUCCACCAGUACUCUAUACGGCUAAGGGACCCAGAAACCCUGAUGCGGAAAGAAUUCAAACAGCUGGUGCAAAAAGAGCUGCCAAACUUUCUCAAGAAGCAGAAUAAGGAUGAAGAGGCCAUCAGCGAGAUCAUGGAGGACCUGGACACAAACCAAGACAAGCAGCUGAGCUUCGAGGAGUUCAUUAUGCUGGUGGCCAGGCUGACGGUAGCCUCCCACGAGGAGAUGCAUAGGACCGCACCCCCGGGAAGAGGGCACCGGCACGGGCCAGGCUUCGACAAGGGUGGCGCAGGCCCGUGCCCUGGCCAGGGCAGCCCCGACCACAGCCACGGCGGUCACGGCCACAGCCACGGCGGUCACGGCCACAGCCACGGCGGUCACGGCCACAGCCACUGAUCAGGAGGCCAGCCACUGCCCACCUAGGGCCUCAGGGCUGCCUUCGCUGUGGGGCAGGGCAAUGGGGGUGAAAUAAAGUCUUCCUC